UACAUUAGAUAGAAAUGUGUCAUAAUUUUGAGGUCAAAAUUAUUUUUAUUACUUUAGUGAUAAUUUCGGGAACGGUAUGUCGAGAACCGACUAAUAAUGAAGAAUUGGAAGAUUCGGAAAACUGGUCUGAAUUAAGUACAGAGAUCUGCAAAAAGGAUCACUCGAUUGAAGUGAAAGCAAAGAUUGAGAAAUGCGAUGAAUUAGACGUUUAUUAUAAAUUUGAUAGUUUGACCAAACAAUGCGAUAAAUUACGGUCACAUCCCGGCACUGGUUAUUAUGAGGUAGAAAAAGGAGAGUGUAAGUAUCAGGAAUGCUAUAAUAAGAUAAGCAAAACAAAAGAGUUUCAAGAGUUGAGCAAACAAUUGGACACAACUUCAGAGGAAACCAAAGUUAAAAAAUCUUAUGAAAAAUAUAUAUGCAUUAGAAAGGCAUUGGGUCUAAAAGUUUGA